CCCGGGUCCCGCGCCGUAGCUGGGCUAGGGGCAGCGGCCGGAGCGGACCCGGCGGCGGCGCCCAGGGCGGCCCGGGCGUGGCCAUGAGGGCUCCGCGGCUGCACGAGGAGUAGGCGGUGGAGCCCCCGGGAGGGAGCCGCGAGCGGGCCAGACGGCUCGAGAGGCUCCGCAGUGCCGCCGCCCGGGAGGCUCGGCGCGGGAGCCAUGUAACCCUGCGGCGGGCUCCGGGCUGCUUCGUCCUCCCCAGCUCCGGGCUAACGCGCCAGCGGGGCCACGAUGAAGAAGCAGUUCAACCGCAUGCGCCAGCUGGCCAACCAGACGGUGGGCAGGGCUGAGAAGACUGAAGUUCUGAGUGAAGACCUUCUUCAGGUAGAGAAGCGGCUGGAGCUAGUGAAGCAGGUCUCCCACAGCACACACAAGAAGCUCACGGCAUGUCUGCAGGGCCAGCAAGGGGCCGAGGCUGACAAGCGCUCCAAAAAAUUGCCUUUGACAACACUGGCUCAGUGUCUGAUGGAAGGGUCAGCUAUCCUGGGAGAUGACACACUUCUUGGGAAGAUGCUGAAACUCUGCGGCGAGACAGAGGACAAGCUGGCUCAGGAGCUGAUUCAUUUCGAACUGCAAGUUGAGAGGGAUGUGAUCGAGCCGCUGUUCUUGCUGGCCGAGGUAGAAAUCCCAAAUAUCCAAAAACAGAGGAAACACUUAGCCAAGCUGGUGCUGGACAUGGACUCUUCACGAACAAGGUGGCAGCAGACAUCCAAGUCUUCGGGUUUAUCCAGCAGCUCACAGCCUGCGGGUGCGAAAGCCGAUGCCCUCAGGGAGGAGAUGGAGGAGGCUGCUAACAGAGUGGAGAUUUGCAGGGACCAGCUGUCAGCUGACAUGUACAGUUUUGUGGCCAAAGAAAUCGACUAUGCAAACUACUUUCAGACGCUCAUCGAAGUGCAGGCGGAGUACCACAGGAAGUCCCUGACACUCCUGCAGGCCGUGUUGCCUCAGAUAAAAGCACAACAGGAGGCCUGGGUGGAGAAGCCUUCCUUUGGGAAGCCCCUGGAGGAGCACCUCACGAUCAGCGGCCGGGAGAUCGCCUUCCCGAUCGAGGCGUGCGUGACGAUGCUGCUGGAAUGCGGGAUGCAGGAGGAGGGUCUCUUCCGAGUAGCCCCGUCUGCCUCUAAGCUGAAGAAGCUCAAGGCGGCCCUGGAUUGCUGUGUGGUGGAUGUACAGGAGUGCUCGGCAGACCCCCACGCUAUCGCAGGAGCUCUCAAGUCUUACCUCCGGGAGCUGCCAGAACCUCUGAUGACCUUUGAACUCUACGAUGAGUGGAUUCAGGCUUCCAACAUCCAGGACCAGGACAAGAGGCUCCAGGCACUGUGGAACGCGUGUGAGAAGUUGCCCAAAGCCAAUCAUAACAACAUCCGAUACUUGAUCAAGUUUUUAUCCAAGCUCUCAGAAUACCAAGAUGUCAACAAGAUGACACCCAGUAACAUGGCCAUUGUAUUAGGACCCAACCUGCUGUGGCCACAAGCAGAAGGGAACAUCACGGAGAUGAUGACCACGGUCUCGCUGCAGAUCGUCGGGGUCAUCGAGCCGAUCAUCCAGCAUGCAGACUGGUUCUUCCCCGGGGAGAUAGAGUUCAACAUCACGGGCAAUUACGGGAGUCCAGUGCACGUGAACCACAACGCCAACUAUAGCUCAAUGCCCUCCCCAGACAUGGACCCCGCCGACCGGCGCCAGCCCGAGCAGGCCCGCCGGCCCCUCAGUGUGGCCACAGAUAACAUGAUGCUGGAGUUUUACAAAAAGGAUGGCCUUAGGAAAAUCCAAAGCAUGGGCGUGAGGGUCAUGGACACGUCGUGGGUGGCUCGAAGAGGCUCCUCGGCCGGCCGGAAGGCAUCCUGCGCCCCGCCUGCCAUGCAGCCCCCCGCCCCACCCGCUGAGCUCGCCCCGCCCCUGCCGUCGCCCCUCCCGGAGCAGUCCCCGGAGGGCCCCGUGGCGCCCGCGCUCUCUCCAUCCGGCCUCGGCCUCCAGCCUGCGGCUGAACGGACCAGUGCUUCUAAAAGCAAAGAACUUUCUCCAGGAUCAGGGCAGAAGGGAAGUCCGGGUUCUAGCCAGGGGACACCCAGUGCAGGCUCGCAGCCUGGGGCACAGCCAGGCACAAGUCCGGGCCAGCCACCUGCGGACCAGAGUCCUCAUACCCUCCGGAAAGUCUCCAAGAAGCUGGCACCCAUUCCACCCAAGGUCCCCUUCGGCCAGCCGGGGCCCCUGCCUGAGCAGCCUGCCGGCCAGCCAUCCCCACUCAGCCUGUCCCCCACGCCCCCCAGCACCCCGUCACCCUAUGGACUCAGCUAUCCCCCGGGCUACUCCCUGGCAUCAGGCCAGCUCUCCCCCGCGGCCCCGGCGCCCCCACUGGCCUCCCCCUCUGGCUUCACGGGCGCCCUAAGCAAGUCACGGCCAACCCCGAAGCCCCGCCAGAGGCCCACCCUGCCGCCGCCCCAGCCACCCACCGUCAGCCUCGCUGCCUCCAGCCCGCAGUCCUCAGAGCAUCCCGUGCUGGACGGCGUGUCCCCUGGGGAGAGCAUGUCGACAGAUCUGGUCCACUUCGACGUGCCCUCCAUCCACGUGGAGCUGGGGUCAGCGCUGCGCCUCGGGCCCCUGGAGCACGUGCGGCGACACUCGGUGGCUGAGAAGAGAGACUCGGAGGAGGAGUCGGAGAGCACGGCCCUGUGAGCAGCACCGCGCACGCGCAUGCACACGGCCCUGCGAGCAGCACUGCGCACGCGCGUGCAUACGGCCCAUGCCGUCGCAGCAGCUGCCGCCAGGUGGGACCCCUGCGGAUGGCCACGCGGCAGGUUUCUGUGGUGCAGAUUUUUUUCGUCCCCUCCGGAUGGUGACUCUGGCCUUUUGUUUGAUCUUUGCCUUUUGACUUUGUGCCUAUUUUGAUCCACUUUCGGCCUCCACGCCAGGUGACUGCCCUCCCCACCCGAGGGCUGGUGUCGGAAACAUCCUCAGCAGGGUGGGUGUGCACGGCUCGGUGGUGGUCAGCCGGGGCUGCCUGUCACCUGUGCUGACAGCCGUGAGUCCUGCGAGGUCCGCCUGAUGGUGCAGAGCGGGGAGGGAACGGGCCGGGGGCCUCGCUCUCAGGAGCCUGGAAGCCUGGGGCCCUGGCCGGCCUUCCUCUUCACAGCAAGGAGCUGGCGGGGCAGACCUUCUUCCGUGGGCUUUGAUGUAAAUGGCUGAAGACGAAGAACAGUUUACUCCACGCUGUGGAAUGACGCUCCCGUUACUGUCUGAAGGUUUUCUGAGUUUUAAAAACGAUGUUGAGUGUGUCUGGGGGACCCAAACGUAACUCCCCAGGCAAUCCCCAAAACUUGAGAUGUGUCUCAGUAAUUGAGCCCUCCAGGAUCCCCCAGCUAAGAAAGGGGGUCAUUUUCUGGAGGUCAGAAGUGAAUAGCAAUAAUCCUGUCACCCAAAGCCCAGAGGGGAAGGGGGCAUUGCCCGUGGAGGCCCCAGGCCCACACCCCCAGCUGAGCGGUGUGCAGAGCUUGGCUCACCGUUCCACAGAGCCCCCAGCCGGCCCCGGGGAGGAGAUCCUGGGGGUUCUGGUCACACCUGGGACGGAGGGAGAGCGAAGUGGAUUCCGGUCAUGCAUGCAGAGUCCAACCUUACAGUUUUAUCCUUUUAAAAUAGAAUACCUAAACUGGAUAUAAUAUUUGUAUAUAUAAAAUCUAUAUUUGUUUAAUUUGAGCCAUUCAAUCUAAACCCAUGUACAGGUGUACAAUGAGAGAUUUAAAUGCUUCGUUAUUUUUCCCAACAAAGUGUAAAGUAAUCCUCCUCCAAUAGUGGGACUUGCUGAUUUCUGAUGUUCCCGGCUUUGCUCGCAUCCUGGCAGGGCAGCUCAGUACCCAAUUUGUAAUGGAGCCCGGGGGAUGACAAUUACCUUUCAAUACGUGUACAAAUAGUUGUCAAAAGUAAUGUUAUUAAAAUAGAUUUAUUAUCCCUGA